AUGUCCAAGCUUGACCUCAAGAAGGCUAUAAAACAGGAGGAGGCUUACUUGCGCCUCGUCCAUCCAACACCCGACGACAUCCCAGGAUGCAUCUCCAUCUUUGACACCUAUCUCUCUUGUAGCGUUAUUCGCUCGCAGAUAAAAUCACUAUACAGGUACGGCGAAAGACCAGAAUGCGCGUCCAAGCUCGAAGAUUUCAAGUUCUGCCUGACUUUGAAGUCCAUGCAUCCUGAAGAACAGUAUGAGGCUUUUAUUCGCAGACGGGCUGAGUGGUGGGCGGGCAGACGUUUGAAUAAGAGCAGUGAAGAUGUUUGGGAUAUUCGAGAGGAACCUUUGAAACAAUUCCCGAUACCAAUCACAGAUGAGCAACUUGGCAGGACUUCCCUUGAAUAACAUUUUUUUCGCGAGCCUUGGCCUCAACCAUACUUUCGAUGUGGUCCACCUUCCUUCUUCCAAUGACCAUGAGCUGUGCUACGAUUUUAAACUUAGGAAAGUGAAAUUAGACGAAGGAGCGAGUUAUUAUUACGACGCGUUGGAAUGAUUCGUUGCGUCAGGAGCACCGUCGUCAAGACUCAAGAGACAGUUAGAUUUCGUGCAUUGCCCUGUAUAUUAACUUGUUAUCUGAAGCAAUUGUGAUACAAAUACCGCU